AUGUUGGUUGCAAUCCGAAUUGUUCCUUCACUUGGAAUUGUGACAGAGGAGGAUGGAAUGGAGUCAAUAGCUCAUAGAUUUCUUUCUGCUGCUGUCAAGAUCCUGCACUCUUUACUGCAAAAGUUUACAACGUCAAUGGUAAGAUACAUUCAAUACCAAGCUAGCCAGUGGGCAACAGAACUUAGUCCAGUGGAUUUUGAAGAAUUCAGUUUGCCUUACUUGAAUCAGAUUAUCGAUGCUGUGAAGAAAAGCCAUCCAAAUCUCCCUUUGAUCCUGUAUGCUAGUGGAUCUGGGGGCUUGCUUGAAAGACUAGCCUUGACAGGAGUGGAUGUAAUUAGCUUGGAUUGGACAGUUGAUAUGGCUGAUGGUAGGAGGCGACUGGGACCAAAUAUAGCUGUCCAAGGAAAUGUGGACCCUGGUGUUCUUUUUGGUUCCAAAGAGUUCAUCACUGAUAGGAUAAAUGAUACUGUGAAAAAAGCAGGUAGAGGGAAACAUAUCUUGAAUCUUGGUCAUGGAAUUAAAGUAGGUACGCCUGAGGAGAAUGUUGCACAUUUUUUUGAGGUUGCUAAAUCACUCCGAUACUAACCAGCCAACUAUGAUUAAUUAUUAUUUUUUUGUUUCUCUUCA